UUAUUUUCUCCAAACCACCUUGUUUAUCCCUUCCGAAGACAAACAGUUUGGGAUUCCCAUAAUUGGGUGGUUUUUGAAGGCAAACAGUUUGGGAUCCCGGCCUUGAUGAGGCAAUUCCAUCAACAACUCCAGGAGUGGAUUGGAUUACCCCGGGAUUUGCCUGUUCAGCAGGUACAUCCGUUGUCCCCUAUUGUUGAUGCAAACGGGGUACCUUAGCAAUCUGUAUGUGGGAUGGGGUAGUGCGGUUGGGUUCUCAUGCGGCAGGGGGAUGGUUAUCCUCAAUUCUGCUAGAGAGAUAAUCCUUGCGCAGGGGGUUCAUUUCCCGUUAAUUAGUGAUCCGAUGAUGGUGGAAGCUUUGGCCCUCCGGGAGGCGUGUGCCUGGUGCUUGAGAAAUGGGUUCAAUGUCAAGAGGUUUGAAGGGAUGCCCAGGUGAUAAUUGAGAAGAUUCUCCGAUGGGAUGCUCGAGAUAAUCGUAUAGGGGCGAUUUUGGAAGAGAUUAUCAAUGUGUUUGCUUCGAAUGUAGGGUUCACUGUACGAUUUGUAGGUCGACGUAACAAUAGGGUAGCUCACUUGGUAGCUAGACAUGCCCUUUCUUUGUUCCCGACUACAUGUCGCUUGUUUGAUUUCCAGGCCUGGCUGCUUUCUAGGAUGUAAGGAUCUAUUGAUUUCAAUCUAUUGAUUAUCUUUUGUAAAAAAAAAAAAAAAUCCCUUCCGAAGACGUUCAACCCUACUGAACAAUAGCCCACUCACUCAGUACACUAACAGCCAACCCGAAUGAUUAAGGGGUCGUUUGUUUGAUGGAUUUGGGACUCAAAUCCCAAGCAUGAUGGAUUUUAGCCAAGUCCAUUGUUUGUUGUCAGGUGUAAAAUUCGUGGGGUCCACGAAUUUGUUCCCUUUUUAUGAUUAAAAUCCAUGGACCCCACGAACUUGUAAAUCCCACAUAUUGGGGUGGGAUUUGUAAAUCCUUGAUAGCUAGUUAUAUUUAUAGCAAAUCCAUCAUAAUUAUAUCAUCAAAUCUAUCAUGCAAACAAUAGACUCUUCAAAUACAUGAUGGUACAAAUCCCUCAUAAAUCUAAAGGUUUUUUAGCCAAAAUCCUAUUUUUCAAAUCCAACAAGACGAUACCUAAAUCAAACGGGGUGGUCAAUAGAAAAUUAGAAAUCACAUACAAAUCCUUUUGUUUCUUUGUUUCAUUCACAAGAAAGAACACUCGAUCAAUCACUCCACUGAUGUGUCUGUGACGCGGCUACCACUCUCAGCCCAUCUGCGAUUCACAGAAAGCGACAAACCCUAUAUUGGGACCUGAGAUGGCCACCACAUCAUGAUGAAUCUCCUUUACCUACCAAUUCCCAUUCGUUCAAAGUGCAAAUCCAACUCACCCUGUUCUUCUUAGUUACGGAAGCUGAAGCUCUCUCAAACUUGCGAAACCCAGAGAUUAUUUUCAAUCGGCAACCCGAGAUCAUGUACAGGUCUGCGGUUGCCGCCAGGCUGCUGAGAGGUGUAGCCGCUACCCACAACGGUUCGGGCUCGCUAAGUUCGUUCCAUCGUUCUAGGCGAUUUGCUCAUUCUUUGCCCUUCGCAACCGUAGAUGCUGAAGAGCUAUCGGGUGCUCGACCAGCUGAAGUACAGAACUUGGUGCAGGGGAAAUGGGGAGGAUCUUCCAGUUGGAACACAAUAGUGGAUCCCUUAAAUGGGGAACCAUUUAUCAGAGUUGCUGAAGUAGAUGAGAAAGGAAUCAAGCCAUUUGUGGAGAGCUUGUCCAAGUGCCCUAAACAUGGACUUCACAAUCCUUUUAAGUCGCCUGAGAGGUAUCUUCUGUAUGGGAACAUUUCCUCGAAUGUAGGGCACAUGCUUUCAUUGCCGAACGUUUCUGUUUUCUUCGCAAGAUUAAUACAAAGAGUUUCCCCGAAGAGUUACCAGCAAGCUCUUGCUGAAGUUCAAGUCACACAGAAGUUUUUUGAGAAUUUUUCCGGCGAUCAGGUUCGUUUCUUGGCAAGGUCGUUUGGGGUUCCAGGAAAUCAUCUUGGACAGCAAAGUAAUGGCUUCCGAUGGCCUUAUGGCCCUGUUGCAAUUAUUACUCCUUUUAAUUUCCCGCUUGAGAUUCCGGUUCUUCAGUUGAUGGGUGCAUUAUAUAUGGGCAAUAAACCACUACUUAAGGUUGAUAGCAAGGUAUCCAUUGUUAUGGAACAAAUGAUGAGACUGCUUCACUAUUGUGGGUUGCCUGAGGAAGAUGUUGAUUUUAUCAACUCGGAUGGGAAAACUAUGAACAAGAUACUAAUGGAGGCCAAUCCACGGAUGACACUGUUUACUGGUAGCUCGAGAGUUGCAGAGAAGUUGGCUGUUGACUUAAAUGGUCGUGUCAAGUUGGAAGAUGCUGGAUUUGACUGGAAAAUUCUGGGUCCUGAUGUUUGUGAGGCUGACUAUGUUGCUUGGGUCUGUGACCAAGAUGCCUAUGCAUGCAGUGGUCAGAAGUGCUCUGCCCAAUCCAUUCUAUUCAUGCACGAGAACUGGGCUGGUACUCCACUUCUUUCAAAAUUGAAGGAGCUUGCUGAGCGUAGAAAAUUGGAAGAUUUAACUGUUGGCCCUGUUCUGACUGUUACCACUGAGGCGAUGCUGGAUCAUGUGAACAAACUGCUGAACAUACCCGGGGCAAAGCUGCUCUUUGGCGGGAAGGCACUGGAGAAUCAUUCCAUUCCGUCCAUAUAUGGUGCAGUCAAACCAACAGCCGUGUAUGUCCCUCUGGAAGAAAUUCUCAAGGAGGGCAACUACGAACUCGUGACAAAAGAAGUAUUUGGACCGUUCCAGGUGGUGACGGAGUACAAGGAAAGUCAACUCUCCAUGGUUUUGGAGGCUUUGGAGAGGAUGCACGCGCAUCUAACAGCUGCUGUAGUUUCAAAUGAUGUCCUGUUUUUGCAGGAAGUUAUUGGGCAGUCUGUGAAUGGCACGACUUAUGCUGGGCUGCGAGCAAGAACAACAGGAGCUCCACAGAACCACUGGUUUGGACCGGCUGGAGACCCAAGAGGUGCUGGAAUUGGAACCCCAGAAGCCAUAAAACUGGUCUGGUCUUGCCACCGAGAGAUCAUAUACGACAUUGGUCCUGUGCCGCAGCAAUGGGAAAUUCCUCCGUCUACUUAAGAGAGAAACCCUUCAUGAUUUCCGCCGCUCUGCUCUAAACCGUUGAGAUGUAGCUAACUGAUGUAUGAGAAGUAGCCAACCGUUAUUGGACUACGAAGCCAAUUACGUUGCCAAUAAAAUGAGAUGUUUAUGUGUUGAAUUGUUCGGAGUAUAGAUCGUUCUUGGGACUAGUAUAUGAUCUGGUCUUUGCCAAGAAAUUGGUCCUAAUCAGCAUAGAACUAGAUAAGAAAUAGAGUAAAAUGAG